CAGUACAGAACUGGGGAUGCGGCAGCGGCUCUUCGUGGGUGUGCUGACCUCCAAGAGCACGCUGAACACGCUGGGGGUGGCUGUCAACCGCACGCUGGCCCACCGCCUGGAGCGCCUGGUGUACUUCACAGGCACCCGGGGCCGCAAGGUGCCCCACGGCAUGACGGUGGUGACGCACAGUGAUGAGCGGCCCAUCUGGAACAUGUACCAGACCAUCAGGUACCUUCUGGACCACUAUGUGAACGACUUCGACUGGUUCUUCCUGGUGCAGGACGAUACCUACACGGAGGCGCACCGCAUCAACCGCCUGGUCGCCCACCUGAGCAUCGACACCCACCUCUACCUGGGCCGUCCCGAGGAGUUCAUUGGCGGGGACACUGAGGGACGCUACUGCUACGGGGGGUUUGGCUACCUGCUGUCCCGCAGCCUCCUCCUGCUCCUGCAGCAGCACCUGGAGAGCUGCCGCAAUGACAUCCUCAGCGCCCGGCCUGAUGAGUGGCUGGGCCGCUGCAUCAUCGACUACACAGCUGUCAACUGUGCCGAGGAGCACGAGGGCUUGCGUUACCACUAUUUUGAGCUGGGGAAGAAUGCAGACCCCGAGCGGGAGACCGACCUCCGUUUCCAGAGCGCCUUUACCGUCCACCCCGUGCUGGAUCCCCUCCAGAUGUACCGGCUGCACAAGUACUUCGCGCAGAUGGAGCUCGAGAGGACCUACCAGGAGAUCCAGCAGCUCCAGCUGGAGAUCCAGAACGCCAGCAGCCUGUCUGCUGAUGGGGACCAUGGUGCCACAUGGCCUGUUGGCAUCCCGCCCCCCUUCCAGCCCAAAACCCGCUUCGAGGUGCUGCGCUGGGACUACUUCACAGAGGAGCAAGUCUACGCCUGUGUGGAUGGCUCCCCCAAGUGCGAGCUGCGUGGCGUGGAUCUGGCAGACGUGGCCGACGUGGUGGCCAUGGCCAUGGAGGAGCUGAACCGCAAGUACCAGCCGGUGCUCCACGUCCGCAAACAGCAGCUGGUGAAUGGGUACCGGCGCUUCGACCCCACGCGUGGCAUGGAGUACACGCUGGACCUCCAGGUGGAGGUGGUCACCCAGAAGGGGCACAGCCGCUCUGUCACCAAGCGCGUGCACCUGGUGCGGCCCCUCAGCGAGGUGGAGAUCAUCCCCAUGCCCUAUGUGACGGAGGCCAGCCGCAUCAAUGUCAUACUGCCACUGACAGCCCACGACCGGGACCACGCUGCCCGCUUUUUGGAGGCUUAUGCGGCGGCCGCCUUUGAGAGCAGUGAGAAUGCGGUGCUCACCUUCCUCUUCAUCUAUGACCCUUUCGAGGCUCAGCAGGUCACCCAGAAUGACAUCUUUGCCCCUGUGAAGGCCCAGAUCACUGAGUAUGAGCGCAAGUAUGCAGAGGUGAAGAUCCCGUGGAUCAGUGUUAAGACAGAUGCACCCUCCCAAAUCAAGGUCAUGGACAUCAUCUCCAAGAAGCAUCCUGUGGACACGCUUUUCUUCGUGGCCGGCGUGGGGACAGAGGUCACCGUUGACUUCUUGAAUCGCUGCCGAAUGAACACCAUCAACAACUGGCAGGUCUUCUUCCCCAUCCACUUCCAGGGCUACAACCCCGCCAUUGCCUACCACAACCAGGUGCCGCCCGCCACACUGGACCUGCUGCGUGAUGCGGGGCGCUUCGACCGUGACGUCUUCCACGAAGCCUGCUUCUACAACGCUGACUACAUGGCAGCACGCACCCGCAUGGCAGGUGAUGUGCAGGAGAAUGAGGACAUCCUGGAGACCCUGGACAUCUACGACAUGUUCAUCAAGUACUCCAACCUCCACGUCUUCCGGGCUGUGGAGCCUGCCCUGCUGCAGCGCUACCGACACCAGGCCUGCAACCCCCGGCUCAGCGAGGAGAUCUACCACCGCUGCGUGCAGAGCAGCCUGGAGGGCGUAGGCUCUCGCUCCCAGCUGGCCAUGGUGCUUUUCGAGCAGGAGCAGGGGAACAGUACCUGAAUCCCAGGGCACGGAGGGGCUGGCCCUGCCCUGCCGUGCCUGCCUGCCCACCCCACCUCUUCUGCUGCCCAAAUCAGUCUUCCUCC